AAACUUCUCAUCUUGCGAUGCUAUGCCAUUUACUGGAAUGUCUUUUGACAGUGCAAAAUACACCUGUUGAUUGCCCCAAAGAAUGGUACGAAUUAUAUUUCGUGUUUUGUUGCGUUUGGGCAUUUGGUUCAGCGAUGUUUCAGGAACAGGCAACAGAUUAUAGAGUUGAAUUCACAAAGUGGUGGGUGAAUGAAUUCAAAACAGUAAAAUUUCCACCAGGCGGGACAAUUUUCGAUUAUUUCAUCGAUAGCGAAACCAAACAGUUCGCACCGUGGACAGACAUUUUGGGCCGAUUCGAACUGGAUCCAGAUAUACCACUGCAGGCUGUUCUGGUCCAUACCACAGAAUCCAUCAGAAUAAGAUAUUUCCUUGAUCUGCUCAUGGUUAAACGUCAUCCAGUUAUGCUGGUAGGUAAUGCUGGAUGUGGAAAAACGGUGUUGGUCAGUGAAAAACUGGCUUCUUUGUCUGACAACUACGCAGUUACCAAUGUACCCUUCAACUUUUACACGAGCUCUGAGAUGUUGCAAAAAAUACUGGAAAAACCUCUGGAAAAGAAAGCAGGAAGAAACUAUGGACCGCCAGGCAAUAAGACUCUGAUAUACUUUAUUGAUGAUAUGAACAUGCCAGAGGUAGAUGGUUAUGGAACAGUACAGCCGCAUACGUUGAUUCGGCAGCAUUUGGACUAUAGGCACUGGUAUGAUAGGAAUCGUUUGACUCUCAAGGAAAUUCAUAACUGCCAGUACAUAUCCUGCAUGAAUCCAACAGCUGGCAGUUUCAGUAUAAACCCGAGACUUCAAAGACACUUCUGUGUUUUCGCCAUUAGCUUUCCUGGAACUGAAGCACUCACUUCGAUAUAUCAUUCGAUACUGAGUCAACAUCUUUCUAAUCCAGAAUACAAAUUUCCAUCAUUCAUAGUGAAAUUAUCAGAAAAUGUUGUAGCAGCUACAGUAGCACUGCACCAUAAAGCGCUACAGAUUUUUCUACCGACUGCAGUGAAGUUUCAUUACAUCUUCAAUUUGAGAGAUAUAUCUAAUGUUUUUCAGGUAAUAUGAGUUCAAAAAACUGAAUAUCUUGGAGUAUAAUGCAGAUUUCAAAUCUUCCAGGGUAUUCUUUUCAGUACGAAUGAUUGUUUGAUGCAACCAACAGAUCUGGUACGGUUGUGGUUACACGAAUGCCAAAGAGUUUACGGUGAUAAACUAACCGAGGAAAAAGACAUCGACGCUUUCUCGAAACUACAGAUGGAUACAUUCAAAAAGAAUUUCGAGGAAAUAGACGAAUCAAUCGUCUUUGAAAAACCAAAUAUUUACUGUCAUUUCGCUGGCGGUAUCGGUGAACCAAAAUAUAUGCCCAUCAAAAAAUGGACUACAUUGAAUAAACUCGUGAAUGAAGCUAUGUCUAGCUAUAAUGAUUUGGUAGCAGCUAUCAACUUAGUAUUAUUUGAAGAUGCAAUGAUGCACAUUUGCAGAAUAAAUAGAAUUUUGGAGUCUCCACGUGGUAGUGCCCUUCUAGUAGGUGUAGGAGGGAGUGGUAAGCAAUCGUUAUCAAGAUUAGCUGCCUUUAUAUCUUCUUUAGAAGUAGCCCAAAUCCAAUUGAAGAAAGGCUAUGGUGUUCAAGAUUUACGAAAAGAAAUGUCCACUUUAUAUCUCAAAAGUGGGUUGAAGAACGUUGGAAUAAUGUUUCUCAUGACUGAUGCCCAGGUUCCAAAUGAGCAAUUCUUAGUUCUCAUCAACGAUAUGUUAGCAUCGGGGGAAAUACCCGAUAUGUUUCCCGAUGACGAAAUUGAAAACAUAAUAGCUGGAGUGAGGAAUGAAGUGAAGGGAGCAGGAAUGUUGGACACAAGAGAAAAUUGUUGGAAGUUUUUCAUUGACCGUGUCAGAAGGCAACUCAAAAUUGUUUUGUGCUUUUCUCCAGUCGGAUCUACUCUUCGAAUCCGCUCUAGGAAAUUUCCUGCUAUCAUAAAUUGUACUCAAGUGAACUGGUUCCACGAGUGGCCGCAAGAAGCGCUAGUAUCGGUGGCUUUGAGGUUCUUGGAGGAAAUCAAAGUUUUACCGGAAGAGCUACGUGACUCUUCGGCUCGGUUUAUGGCCUAUGCUCAUACGUCAGUCAACACAAUCUCAAAAACGUUCCUUCAAAACGAGAGGCGAUACAACUAUACAACCCCAAAAUCCUAUUUAGAACAGAUUACAUUAUACUCCAAACUACUUUACAGACAAUGCGAAGAUCUACAAUGCAAAGUUCAAAGAUUAGAAAACGGUUUGGCGAAAUUGAGAAGCACUGCAACUCAGGUAGAAGAGUUGAAGAAAAAAUUAGCAAUUCAGGAAGUGGAAUUGAAAGAGAAAAACGAUGCGGCAGAUAGGCUGAUAGAAAUAGUGGGAGUAGAAACGGAAAAGGUUUCGAUAGAGAAAAACCUAGCCGAUGAAGAGGAAGAAAAAGUUGCUGUUAUAGCCGACGAAGUCAGCAAGAAGCAAAGAGAUUGCGAAGAAGACUUGCUAAAAGCAGAACCUGCUCUACAAGCCGCACAAGAAGCGCUGAAUACAUUGAAUAAGGCUAAUCUAACAGAGCUGAAAUCGUUUGGAUCUCCGCCAGGUGCUGUUACGAACGUCACAGCAGCAGUUAUGGUACUGCUCGCACCUGGAGGAAAGAUACCCAAAGAUAGGAGUUGGAAAGCUGCAAAAAUAGUGAUGGCUAAGGUUGAUUCUUUCCUUGAUGCUCUGAUAACUUAUGAUAAAGAAAACAUACAUCCUGAAGUGAUCAAAGCUAUAGAGCCGUAUCUGAAAGAUGCAGAAUUUGAACCUGAGCUCGUACGAUCUAAAUCUGGAGCAGCUGCUGGCCUGUGUGCUUGGGUAAUUAAUAUUAUUAAAUUCUAUGAAGUGUUUUGUGAUGUGGAACCAAAAAGAAAGGCAUUAGCAGCCGCGAAUGCUGAGUUGGCAGCUGCACAAGAGAAACUUGACUCUAUAAAGAAGAAAGUGGCGUCAUUGGAAGAGCAAUUGGCAAAGCUCACAGCUGACUUUGAGAAAGCCACUACUGAAAAACUUCUAUGCCAACAAGAAGCUGACGCUACUAACGCUACAAUUCAAUUGGCAAAUAGGCUUGUAGGUGGACUUGCUAGUGAAAAUGUUCGUUGGGCUGAAGCAGUGAACAGAUUCAUGGAGAAUGGGAAAAUGAUGCCAGGAGAUGUUCUCUUGACAACAGCAUUUAUUUCUUACGUAGGUUGUUUCACGAAGCAAUACCGACUAGAUCUACUGCAUAAAAUGUGGUUUCCUUUCCUUAAUAACUUAGAUCCAAAAGUACCGAUCACCGAAAACCUGGAUCCACUUUCGCUUCUUACUGAUGAUACUAUCGUGGCUAAAUGGCAUAAUGAAGGUUUACCAAGUGAUCGUAUGUCAACGGAGAAUGCAACGAUUCUAUCUACUUCUGAAAGAUGGCCUCUGAUGAUUGAUCCACAAUUACAAGGCAUCAAGUGGAUCAAACAACGUUACGGCGAUGAUUUGAAAGUAAUACGUUUGGGUCAAAAGAGUUACCUAGAUGUUAUAGAAAAGUGCAUAACCCAAGGAUCAAUCGUUUUAUUAGAGAAUAUUGAAGAAAAUGUUGAUCCUGUUUUGGAUACAUUACUGGGUAGGAAUUUGAUAAAAAAAGGAAAGGCGAUCAAAAUUGGUGACAAAGAAAUUGAAUACAAUCAAAAUUUCCGUCUCAUUCUCCACACCAAGCUAGCAAACCCUCACUACAAACCUGAGAUGCAAGCACAGGCGACCCUCAUCAAUUUCACAGUCACCAGGGAUGGACUAGAGGAUCAACUUUUAGCUGAAGUAGUGAAGGCAGAAAGACCAGACCUUGAAGAAUUGAAGGCUGAUUUAACGAAGCAACAGAACGACUUCAAAAUCAUACUGAAAUCUCUGGAAGAUGACUUGCUCUCGAGAUUGUCCUCAGCUGGUGGAAACCUGUUAGGGGACACAACUUUAGUUGAAAACUUAGAAACCACCAAACGUACAGCUGCUGAAAUAGAGGAGAAAGUAGCGGAGGCUAAAAUUACUUCUAAACAAAUUGAUCAAGCUAGAGAAUACUAUCGACCUGCUGCAGCCAGAGCUAGUUUACUUUAUUUUAUUUUGAAUGAACUUAAUACGAUCAAUCCAAUUUAUCAGUUUUCUCUCAAGGCUUUCAGUGUAGUUUUCCAAAAAGCAAUAGCUAAAGCAGACCCAGCUGACUCUGUAGCUGAACGGGUGAAUAACUUGAUAUCCUGCAUUUCUUUCUCAGUCUUUCAAUACACUACCAGAGGUCUUUUCGAAUGUGACAAGUUGAUUUUCGCUUCCCAGAUGACUUUCCAGAUCUUAUUGAUGAGCGAAGAAAUAAUCCCGGCUGAUCUGGAUUUCCUCUUACGGUUCCCAAUAAAGCCACAUGUUACUAGUCCAGUUGAUUUCUUAUCGAAUACUAGCUGGGGAGGCAUUUGCAGCUUAUCAACUAAGGACGAAUUCCGAAACCUAGACAGAGAUAUAGAAAAUUCGCCGAAGCGAUGGAAGAAACUGAUAGAAUGCGAAUGUCCGGAACGAGAAAAAUUUCCACAAGAAUGGAAAAGUAAAACUGCUCUGCAAAGACUAUGCAUGAUGAGAGCUUUCAGACCUGACAGGAUGAUAUAUGCGAUGAUGGCGUUUAUAGAAGAAAAAUUGGGAGCAAAAUACGUGGAGAACAAAACGGUGGAGUUUGAGAAGUCUUUCGAAGAAACCAGCCCGACUACUCCAAUAUUCUUUAUUUUGUCACCAGGCGUUAACCCGUUGAAAGAUGUUGAAGCGCUUGGAGAGAAGAUGGGUUUCACAAUGGAGAAGCAAAACUUUCAUAAUGUCAGUUUAGGUCAGGGUCAAGAAGUUGUUGCAGAAAAAGCGAUGGAAACAGGUGCAAAUCAUGGCCACUGGGUGGUGUUGCAAAACAUUCACCUGGUGAAAAAAUGGUUACCUUUGCUCGAAAAGAAUCUUGAGAAAUACGCUGAAGGCUCACACCCGGACUACAGAGUAUUCAUGAGUGCUGAACCCGCAGCAAGUGCAAGCGCUCAUAUCAUACCCCAGGGAAUCUUGGAAUCAUCGAUAAAAAUAACAAACGAACCGCCUACUGGUAUGCAAGCUAACCUUCACAAAGCAUUCUCAAAUUUCAAUCAAGAAACCCUAGAGCAGUGCGGCAAGGAGGCCGAAUUCAAGGUGAUUCUAUUUUCCCUAUGCUAUUUCCACGCAGUGGUAGCGGAACGCAGAAAGUUUGGACCGCAAGGGUGGAACAAGAUCUACCUCUUCAACGUCGGAGACCUCACUAUAAGCGUGUUUGUGCUUUUCAACUACCUUGAGGCGAACUCCAAGGUUCCUUGGGAAGAUCUGAGAUACUUGUUUGGUGAAAUCAUGUAUGGAGGACACAUCACUGAUGACUGGGACAGGAGAUUGUGCAUUACUUAUCUAGAAGAAUUAUUACAACCCGAUUUAGUAGAUGGUGAACUGAUGCUAGCUCCUGGUUUUGCUGCACCACCUAAUACUGAUUACGUUGGCUAUCACACAUAUAUAGAUGACAUGAUGCCAGCUGAAUCACCGAACUUAUACGGACUCCACCCAAAUGCUGAAAUAGGUUUUCUGACUACGACAGCUGAUAAUCUAUUCCGCACAGUUUUCGAAAUGCAACCAAGGGAUGGUGGAUCAUCCGGUGGUGCAACAAUUUCGAGAGAAGAUAAAGUGAAGCAAAUGGUAGAUGAGAUGAUGGAGAAGCUACCAGAGGAUUUCAACAUGGUUGAAAUAAUGGGAAAAGUGGAAGAAAGAACGCCGUAUGUCAUUGUGGCUUUCCAAGAAUGUGAGAGAAUGAAUUAUCUGACGGGGGAAGUUAAAAGAUCUCUCAAAGAGCUAGAGCUAGGGAUCAAGGGAGAACUCACUAUAACAUCUGACAUGGAGGAUUUAGAAAAUGCUUUGUUUCUUGAUCAAGUGCCACCAGUUUGGACUCUGAGAGCAUACCCUUCCUUACUGGGUCUAACAGCAUGGUUCAUGGAUCUGUUAUUGCGGAUCAGGGAACUUGAAACAUGGUCCACAGACUUUGUGCUCCCUGCUUCAGUUUGGUUGGGUGGAUUUUUCAAUCCUCAAUCAUUACUGACGGCUAUAAUGCAAAGUACUGCCAGAAGAAAUGAAUUACCUCUAGACAAAAUGUGCUUACAAUGUGAUGUUACUAAGAAACAGAAAGAGGAAUUCACGAGCGCUCCCAGGGAUGGAGCCUACAUCCAUGGUCUACACAUGGAAGGUGCAAGGUGGGACAUACAAACAGGUAUAAUAAUGGAUUCCCGACUGAAAGAGUUGUUUCCUGCUAUGCCUGUCAUCAAUGUGAGAGCUAUCACCCAGGACAAACAGGACUUGAGGAACAUGUACGAAUGUCCUGUGUACAAGACAAGGACCAGAGGUCCUACUUAUAUUUGGACGUUCAAUCUAAAAACCAAAGAUAAACCAGCCAAAUGGACAUUAGCUGGUGUUGCUUUAUUGUUACAGACUUAGAUAUUCAAUUUCAAUAAACCUUCUCGAAACUAUUUGACAUCUUUUCAUCACUAUGUAAAUUAUGUACAAUACCUAUCAUAAGUACCUAUACUAAUAUCAUGAUUAUCAGUGAAAGAUUCGUUAAGUGUCUUCAAAUAUAUAAAAUCGACAUAUAUACAAUACAUUUAAGAGCAAUAUUACAGAUUUUUUUGAUUAUUUUGAAAUGUCCGUUAAUGCUCUGGAUUGUCCAAUCUAUUUUUAUGAGGCUUCAGUGUCAGGAGAUCUGGAUCAAUUGAAAUAUCUGCAUCAGGAGAUGACAUCAGAGUCAAAUUUCCAGAACUUUCCAUAAUUCUAUUUUCUAAAUCAUCGCCAAGAAGAAUACUGUCCUCAAUCAUGCUAGUCUGCAUUGAAUGUGAU